ACAACAUUAUCCUUUGAACAGCAUAAAUUAAUACCGUGUACAAUGGCGAACCACUCGGUUCAGUAAGCAGUAUGGACGCUCUCACUCUCCCACGCUGGCAAAUUGCUCUUCCCAGUACACUCAGCCAUGGCAAGGUCCACAGAAGCAAGCACAGGCCUAAUCUAUCUCAAAUUAGAGCUGCAACUGCUGGAGUGGAUACAGACUUAAAGAAUUUAGAAGCUGCCAUUAUAGCCAAGGAUGGAGAUUCUGUCAAGGAAGCAAUGGACCAACUAAAUCAAAUUGGAUGGGCAAAAAUAUGGAAUUCUCAGCCUUAUGUCUCACGACGCACGACAUUUAUGCGUGAGUUGACUUCUCUGGGAAUAAAAAAUGCAGAAAAUUUAGCAAUCCCAAGCACUCGAAAUGAUGCAGCUUUCUUGUUCACUGUGGUGGGUAGCACAGGAUUUAUAGCUGUUCUAGCUGGCCAGCUUCCUGGGGACUGGGGAUUCUUUGUACCAUAUUUGGUCGGAAGUAUUUCUUUGGUGGUAUUGGCUGUUGGAAGCACUGCUCCAGGGCUGCUUCAAGCUGCAAUUGAUGGUUUUUCAUCAUUCUUUCCUGAUUACCAAGAGCGAAUUGCCAGUCAUGAAGCAGCUCAUUUUCUUGUUGCAUACUUGUUAGGGGUUCCAAUUGUGGGAUAUUCGUUGGACAUUGGAAAAGAGCAUGUAAACCUGGCUGAUGAAAAAUUGCAAAAGCGUUUAUACAGUGGCCAGCUCGAUGAAAAAGAAUUAGACAGAUUGGCUGUUGUAUCUAUGGCAGGAUUAGCGGCUGAGGGCUUAAGAUAUGAUAAAGUUGUUGGCCAAUCUGCUGACCUUUUCUCUCUUCAGAGGCUCAUAAACAGAAGCAAACCUCCACUCAGUAAAGAACAACAACAAAAUCUUACUCGAUGGGCAGUGCUAUUUGCUGCUUCACUUUUGAAGAAGAACAGUAAAACGCAUGAGGCACUGAUGUCAGCGAUGUCACAAAAAUCCUCCCUCAUAGAGUGUAUACAAACAAUAGAGAAAUCUGCAUAAGUAGUUGAAAGGACCGAUCCUUCUUGAGAAGGCAGAAAUUAGUAAUUAGUAGAGCAGGAAGUCUGAAUCUCUAGUGAUGUGUAUGAUUUAUUUGUGAAGUAUAUGCUUAACUUCUUUGUGUGCAUUUUUCCUACCCAAAUAUAUGCCCUUAGCUCCUAAGAGCCUGUUAAAUUUGUCCAGAAAUCUUAUUAACAAAGAGAGUGCACACAUAAUCUUCAGACGUUUCUGACGAUGGAAAAUGCAGAAGCAUAGCAUAACAUGUGCAUUCUAAUCUAUCCAUUUGUAAGUAUGAAUUGUUAGUGUUCAAUAUUUCAAUCAUAUGACAAACAAGACUCCUUUAAAGGAACGUCUUGAAUGAGAAAUCUUGUCCUUUAUGAAGAUAAUGAGUACUCAACCUUGAUCUCUUCUCCCAA